CGCAGAUGCAGACCGCUUCAUUUUGAGGCAGACGUCUGCUCUCUCAAGUGGUAGUUUACUGUUUUUCUGUGUAAAAAUAUCAUCACUUUAUUCUCAUGUCUUCGACAUAUCUAACUCCGCAGUAUAUCGAAAUGAACGGUGAAGUGUUCAUGUAGUAUUCGUUGUAACUGUAGACACCAUUCACGUGCCAGACGAAGAAUCUAUCUCCAUCCAUACAUCGACAUCGACUCGAAACAUUUCGUAGAUUUGAUCAGCAAAAAAGAGUUUUUAAAUAUUCAUUUAAUAUGGAGCAGAAACGUCUAUACAAAUUGGUGCUCACUGGAGGACCUUGCGGCGGCAAAACAACUGGACAGGCACGGCUAUGCACAUUCUUUGAAAACUUGGGAUGGAAGGUGUUCCGUGUUCCCGAGACAGCGACCGUGCUGCUCAGCGGCGGCGUAAAGUAUUCAGACCUGAACGCUGAAGAGGCAAAGGGAUCCGGGUCGCGUCCUUCGAUUACGAAGUCUUCACAGCGAUAUUACAGGAACAGAUCGGACAAAGACGAAGCGAGAUGGCCAGAGGUCUUGGAAGUUGACUCUGGUGAGGGAUUUAAAUUUCAAGAGAAUCUUUUACGUACGAUGAUACAGAUAGAGAAUACGUUCUUCCAGCUAGGUGAUAGCUGUACAAGAAAUUGUCUUAUUAUCUGUGAUCGUGGUGCCAUGGAUGCUUCUGCAUUUAUUUCAAAGGAUAAGUGGGAAUUACUGAUGGCUUCGAACGGAUGGAAUAGUGUCGAACUUCGAGACAAUAGAUAUAAUCAAAUCAUCCACAUGGUUUCAGCGGCAAAUGGUGCGGAAGAAUUUUAUUCGACGGAAGAACAUGCAUGUCGAUCAGAAGGUGUCGAAUUAGCUCGGGAACUCGAUUACAAAGCAGCCGCCGCCUGGGUCGGACAUCCUUACUUCGAUGUAAUAGAUAAUUCGCAGGAUUUUGAGACAAAGAUCUGUCGUAUGAUCGAAUGUGUGUGCCAAAAACUGGGUAUCGAUAUUGGAGAUAGAUUACGAGCGAGUAGCAGAAAAGUCAAGUUUCUUGUCAAAGAUCCUUUGCCACCAGACUCUGAGUUUCCACCGUUUCAAGACUUCGAUGUUGUCCAUAACUACCUCCAAAGUAACAAUCCGAAGAUGCAAGCUCGUCUUCGUAAACGUGGCCAAAAAGGUCACUGGUCUUAUAUUCAUACGAUUCGACGUCCAAAAAUGUGUGGCCAAGUGAUUGAAGUUAAAACACAACUGACUCAUCGAGAUUAUUUGAACAUGCUCGCUCAACGCGAUGAUUCACAUUUCACCAUUUUCAAACGUCGACGUUGUUUCCUCAUCAAUAAUCAGUAUUUCCAAUUAGAUAUAUAUAGAGAACCCGCUCAUCCAAGAUGUCGAGGAUUGAUGCUGCUUGAAACGUACACAGCAUUAUCAGGAGAUGAACUUAAGAACAUAUUACCACAGUUCCUGACAAUCGAAAAAGAAGUCACUGGAAAUCCAGAUUACAGCAUGUUCAAUCUCAGUCUACGAGAAGAAUGGAAUAAUACCAAUAAAUAUUGCCAUAAUUUACAUGAUUACGCCCUUGCAGGCUUGGGAGAAUCUGGAUCAACAGAAAUUAAAAAUAUUUGUCCUUCAUCAAGUAAAAAAAAAAUAAGCGGAGUUGAUCAUUAUAGAGUUAAUGGUAUAGAUAAAGUUGUAAAUGGCGUACAAAAUGGCGUUCACGAUGUUACGAAUAGUAACAUGACAUUUGUCGAACGAAAUAGCAAAAUAAAAAGUAAUAGUCAAGAAUCUAGUAGUUCUACUACUAUAUUGAACGAUGAUUCUAAAAAUAAAAGAGUAUAAAGAGAUAUAACAAAGAUAAUUUCGAAUUGAUUGUGUUAGACAAUGAUAAAAAAACAAAUUACUUAAAUAAUUUAAAAAGAAAAUUAAAUAUUUUAUUGGCACUGACUUAAUUCGAUCCAAAAUUUCGAUUCUAAAACUUAUAAAUGAUGAUAAAUUUAUAAACUAUAAUACCUCUUUUCUAAUUAAUCUUGUGUGCAUAUUUAAUACUGUGUGAAAUGUAUUUAAUAAUUCGACUGUAACUUAUUUUUUACCGAUCUGUUUAACAAGUGAUAUUGAUUAAUAUACUAAGCAUUUUUACAUUUAAAUCACUUCAUUUCACUUUUCAUCACUAUUUCAUUAUUUUAUCUAGAGUAUUGUAGUAUCUUUUUAUUUAAGAAAAUUACUAUAAAUAAUUCUGAUACAAAAUACACGUAACACGGAAUAUACAAUAAGUAAAUAUUAAGCUAUGUAAUUAUUUAAGAACAUAUGAUCUGUAUGAAGUAUACUUUCCUUUAGAAAUGUUUAACAUUAUCUUAAUAGAAAAGUAAUAUUCUGCAUUAAAAUAUGAAAAGGUUUAAGUUUAUAAAUUGUAGUGUAGAAAACAAAAAAUGUUGUCCAUAUUAUAAACAGAUAUGAAUUUUAAGUAAAUUAUUAUUAGUAAUCUGAUAUAAAAUGUCAGGAUAAAUCUAAUAUUUUACUUAUCUUUUAAUAAAAAUAUCAACAAGUAAUCAAGAAAAGUAUGGUUUAACGAUUAUACUGUUCUACAGUAUUGUCAGAGUUAUGUAUUAUAGUUAUGACAAAAAUUUUGUCAAACAUACUUAACAGGUGUUUCCAUAAAGAUUUAUUUUAAAUUCAAAAUUCUUUAUUUAUUGGAAAUGCUGUUAGGUUAAAUAAUAAUAUCAAUUUUUGAGUUGUAGUCUUUAUAAAGAAGAUUAUUAUAAGAUUAUAAAGAACAUUAAUUUUAAAUUCAUUACUAAACGCUUAUUAUUUAAUUUAACAGUAAAAAUUGUUUCAUUAUUGAACAUAACUUAAUGAACGUAAACUGUGAUGGUUAUAUAUAUACUAUAUAUAUAUGCUUAUUUUACAUAGAAACAUUUAUCACAAAUUUUACUAUUAUUUAGAGACAAAGUGCCUGUGAGAUGUUUAAUCGCAGAAGUGAAAAAAAAAAAGAAUGAUAUAUAAAUAUAUAUUUUCGAUGGAAGAUGCAAUAAUCAGUUAUCAAUGCACUUAUACCAUACAUAAUUGAUCUGAAUUCAUAUUGUAUUCAUGUAAUAUCGUAAUAAAAUGUCAUGUGCCUAUCA